AUGAGCAAACUAACGUGGUCCUACUGGGAUGUUGAUCGGCGUGGCGGGGAUUUGACGGCCGGCAAAGAAGACCUGAAGUUGAUGCUCCCCUUGCUCCCUGGGGGUGUACUCCACCAAAUAGACAUUGUCAUCGUUCGUUUGGCUCACGCGCGGUUUGAUGACGUCAUGCCGACCCGAGGGAUCGAGGACAACACACUCGACAGUGCCAGCUCCAGCGUCUGUGCCGAGAGCAGGGCAGGGCAGGGUAGAGACAAAGACACGUACAACACGAGUAGUUUAGGUAUCAGUAGUAUAAGUAUCAGUUUAGCUGAGUAG